UUAAGGAAAAAGAUACAGUUCUUUAAAGUCCACAGGCCUCCGAUCAAAUAGAGAGAGAGAGAGAGAGCAUCAUAGUACCAAAAUAAGCAAUUUGAAACUGGCAUGGAGGAUUUUGUAUUAUCCAUAGAUGAUAAUUUACAAUUAUCUUUUGCUAUACAUGUAUGCAGAAUCUGCUAUGAACAAGAAUUCGAAACCUCCAAAAAUUUGGAAGCUCCCUGUGCUUGUUCUGGAACUGUCAAGUUUGCACACAGAGACUGCAUACAGAGAUGGUGCAAUGAAAAGGGAAACACAAUUUGUGAAAUUUGUUUACAGAAAUUUGAACCUGGAUACAAGGCUCCAUCCAAGAAGGCCCAGUUAGUUGACACAACAUUAACAAUAAGAGGAAGUUCAGAAAUUCCAAGAAGAGAAGCAGAAGAAGAAAAUGGAGAUGUGCUUGAAAUUGAUGACUAUUCCCAAGAAUGCAAUUCAGCUUCACAUACAAGUGCAGCCAGUUACUGCAGAUCAAUGGCUGUCACUUUCACAUUUCUGCUUCUGAUGAGACAUUCGUUGGGCGUGCUCACUGCAGAAACAGGAGAUUACCCAUUUUCACUUUUUACAUUGCUUAUUGUUAAGGCUAGUGGCAUACUUCUCCCAAUGUAUAUACUGAUACAAUUGAUCAACAAAAUUCAAAGCAGUUUGAAGCAACACGAUCAGAGCUCAGAUAACGUGGAAUUUAGCUCUGAUGAUGAAGAAAGCUAUGAAUCUGGACGUUUUAAUAACAUCGAAAUACAGUCUCAAUAGAGUUUUUGUUUUACUUAUUUGUGGGUUGAAUUGUACUCGAGCAAUAAUUCAAAGCUUUCAUGAGUAUUUCCUUCUACAGAUGAAAAUGAUCACCUAAGUUUAGCAGAUACAUUUAGGGGGAAAAAAGGAAAGUAUUUCUCCAUUAUCUACAGAAAUUGGCACUAAAAUAAUACCUCGUCAACCAGUUUCUUCA